UGUUUCCUAAAGUCCACACAAACCAAGAAAAGUCCAUAAUCUCAGACUCCUUUCCCUUAUAUGUACUCAUCAUGUUAUAAUAUAAGCUUUUGAGAUGAUGAAAAAAAUAUUCAUAAUGUCUCAAUAUUCACCACAAAUGAUGAUGAAAAAAUCCAAAAAAAUGAGGGAAGUUAGAAAAUACAACAAAUCAUUAGCUCCACGUCUAAGAUGGUCUCCACAACUUCAUGAUCUCUUCAUUCAAUCUGUUCAAAAUCUUGGUGGAGGAAACAAAGCAACACCAAAGAGAAUUAUGCAGAUGAUGGCCAUAAAGGGAUUGAAGAUUUCUCAUGUUAAAAGUCAUCUCCAGAUGUAUAGAAACAUGAGGGCGCAUCCAAGCCUCCAUGUUGUGAUGCCAGAUUUCAAUUUGUCUUCAUCAUUGCAUGUGUCAAAAAAAUUAAGAGAAAAUACUUCAAAGAGCAGCAAGGAGAAAGAAUCUGGAAGCCAAAAUGGUGAAAAUAUUCCUUACAAUGACUACCAGGAAGCAGAAGGAAGUACAAUUAGUGGAAUGACAAAGGUGGAAGAAGAAGAAGAUAAUGCUGGUGAAAUAUAUGAAUUGCCAAAGGCAGAUUAUGAUUGUGAAAAGGAGAUAAAUGUUUGGCCUAAUCUUGAUGAUUAUCAAAAGUACUCCAACUUUAAUAAUGGAUCAAGCAGAUUUUUUUACUCCACAAGGGAAACAAGUACUUACAUUAACCUAGAUUUAUCUCUCUCUUGAUCAUGUUUUUAUUGUUAAUUAAAUUAAUUAUGUGAGUAUAGAAUAGAAUAGUCCCCUAGAUAGUGUGUACCAUUCUUAUGUUUACAAAUAUUGUGAUCAUCAUAUAAUAAUGGAAGUAUGCAUAUUGUAUGUACUAA